AUGCGGAAGUGUAUUACAAAAAGUUAUUUUAAUGCAUCAAAGUAAAUUUCUUUCUUUCUUUUUUAAAAAUCUGUAUUUAACCUGCACUUAUUGAUUAUGCAGUCUGUUUGGGGUUAAAAUGAAGAGGUGUUUGCCAUGGACGAGGACCCAAGGUCAAAACGAAAGACCAUCUUCCACCCCAUAAAAAGUUCCAAAGUUGGAAGACCGGAACCUAGCAUGUAUGAUCGACGUACGCUGAAGAGUUACGAUCUUAAACCUCCAGACUACUACAUAAAACCACAUAUCCUGAUUGAAGAAAAUGUUGAAAAAAUUGUUUUGUAUGUUGGAAUAAUCGAAGCUGUUCCUGUGGAUAUUGACACAACAAACCGAACUACUGUUCUGAGAAUUAUUGAUGAAGGAAAGAAAAAGCAUUUCAUUCCUCACCAUGUUGGGUAUGACAAUCAGGCCAUUUUCAGUAUCAGCGUAUACAAUGUCAAAAUUAGUCGGUACAAUGCUACUGAGGAUUUGCUUGUGAGAAUUCCAAUUCAUGAAAUAGCAACCACGUGUUACAUCAAAGAUGAUGGCCAACACAUCCUUGCUAUCAAACAUGGUACAACUGAAAACUGCAAUCUGACUGUGUUAUAUUGUGAUAAUAAGCAAACCGUAGAAGAAAUAUGUGCCUUGUUCAGCCAGUGUUUCCAACUCGUGUACACUGAUGCGACCUUGCAGUGGUUAGACAAUAAGAUUGAUGCUAGUUCCUUAACCAACUCAACAGGUUCAUCAACAAACCGGAUUGAGAAACCGAGGCUUUCAUUGUUUUCUAUUCCAAGCAUGACCGACUCAGACAUAGACCUGCCAAGCAGUCCGUACAACCCUCCUCUGAGGAUUCGCCCUACAGACAGACCGGAUUCCAUUGGACGGAGUACGAGAGGCAGUGAUGUCAGUCUGGCUAAGGAACUGCUGAAGGAAACUGUUAACAAGAUACACCAUUGUCUUUCCUCUGACGAGCUCAGCCGGUUUGCCAAGCUGCUCAGCGUCAUGCAUAAUGAGAUGCCUUUUCUCGAUUUCUGUGAGAAAAUGCGAGAGCUGUUUGGAUCUGAUAGGAAGUAUAUGUUGGCAGAACUGAGCCCAUUUAUUCCUGCUGAGCACUACCAAGAGUUUGAAGACUAUCUUCAGCAACAGGGCAUUCCUCUCCCAGGAAAUGUUAGCACUAUAUCUAGUACCAGAAGCAACCAUGGCUACACUCGUUCUGUGAGUGAGAUGUCAAAUGCCAGCACAAUAAGCAACGGUGAUCACCAGAGCUCACAGGCCAUCGACUACAUCACUGACCUCAUCAACAACAUGAAUGCAAGUGUUAGCGUCAACACCAACCCUGACAGCCAUAUGCCUUGACAAUAACCACAACUAUACUUACAUGAACAAUGAUCUCAGUGUUCACUGUUGGCAUAAUUGAUUUCUUUGAGGAAAAAACGAAACAAGAACUGUGUAUCAACACCUUCCUGCCCCCAUUUUACUAUGACCUAAAAUCAUACUUAUAAACAUUUUAAGUCCAGGGCUUUAGCAGUGUCUCCAGACUUUAACGAUAUGCUCUUUGUAUGGGUGAGACUUAAACAAAAUAUUUUAUUAGCACAUGGCCUAAUAUACUUAUCUUGAAUUUGUGCUCAUAAACUAUUAGGGUCGAUUUUUCAUUUCCAUUACAGUUAAAUCACAAUUAAAAAUCAUGCUUCUGAGCUGUUGUAUUCCCAAAAAAUAGGUUAAAAUGUCAAGCUGGAAACAUCAGGUGGUCAAAGUUAGCUUGGAUUAUGAUGAAAAUUGCAUUGGCAAAUGGAAUUUCAAUUACUCCUUUCUUAGAGGAUUUUUGUGUGUGUGUGAAUCACACCUAAAUUAUUAAUGACAAUUUGGCCGUUGCACUCAAACUUUUAAUACAGAUAAAACACAGUUUUUGGAAAUGUCUCGAUGUUUUGAGUCGAAAGUUUUUCUGAGGACAAUGAUAGUUCUUUUUUAAUAUUAAUGAAUGCAUCAUUGUGUUUUUCUAAAUCUAUUUUAUUAAAAAGAGCUACAAAAUGAACAGAUCAUAAACAUUAUGGUUACUGUAGUAAAGUAUAACCAUACAAUCAGUGUUAAUGAAUAAAAAAGAAACACUACUAUAUAAUUAUGGAAACUAGUCAAUGGAAUAGCACCAUAAUAAAAUAACCGUAACACCUGUUUUGGUUAAAUGUGCCACACAUUUGAUCUGGAAAUUUAAAUUUGUUAAUAGUGAUUGUUAAAAUAGUUUAAGUAAGACUUAAAGGGACAUGCCCUAGUUUUUAGACACUAAGGCAUAUUUUUUACUAUUGGAGCCGUUUCUGAUAACUGAAAUC